UUCCUCCCCUUCCCUCCCCCAGAUUAAAAAAAACAAAAACAAAAAACAAAAACCUGAGAUUGUACUUUUGUACAGGAGGUUCAAAUUACAAUGACAAUUUUAUGCACUUCGCUGUAUUAACAGUGUACAACUCUCGUUUGAUCCUCCGUGGAUUAAUAUUCUGCUUUUUAAAAAUACCUAUGUUGUUUUCUUUUUCUUUCACUUUUGAAGGAGAGAGAACAUAUUAGGAUGGGGGAGGUGGGGGGUGGGAGGGGAAAGGCCAUCCGUGGCUGCUUUCGCUCUGGGCAAGUUGGGUCUUUGUGAUAUAAAAUUAGAAGAGAAAUGUGAGCUCUAGUUUUCCAAUGGCGUUCUUAGAGCCUGGGCGCUGUUAUGUAGGUUAAGGGUUAGGGAUCGCCUUGUUUUCUUUGUGUUUCUGCAAGAGUAACUAACCUUGUAAUACGUUAAAUAACAAAUAUAAAUCAAAAACAUUUUAGCAACACUCUCUCGCUCCCUCUCGCCCUCUCCGUGUCUGCCUCUCUCAGGCGAUCCUUUCUAAUCUCUCUCGUGUCUCGUUCGCUCGCUCCCUCCCUUCUGUUUCCCUCUCUUCCCCCUCUCUUUCUCUCUCUCCCACUCUCCAUGUAAAUUUAUUAACCAAAAGAAAAGCCCUCAAUUCACUGAUCAGCUGAUAGACGUGGUUUUAAAUAAUAAUGCAUUUCUCUUGCAGUGGUCUGGUUGGGGUGUGUUUUUUGGAAGGAUUAUUCGAAAGUCAAUAAAGGCCGUUUGGGGCGAGCACUGUGUAUUUUGAAAUAACGUCUCCCCCUCCUCCCUCGACCCCUCCCGCUCUCCCCUCCCCCAAUCAAUAAGAAAUAUCAGAUGUUUAGCUGUAAAGAAGAAAAAUGCCCCCAAAAUGACACAUUUCUCUCAUAAGAGAGAAAACACAAAAGCAGCCGGGUGUGUUUAGGAAGUGAACAGUCUGGGUUCUUAUCCCAGCUCCAAGCAGGAGCAUUUUAGCCGUCCAAAGGGGAAGAAUGCCACCCACACAGCCAACUCAUGGUCAGUUCGCCUUGACAAAUGGAGACCCACUCAACUGCCAUUCCUACCUAUCCGGAUAUAUAUCCCUGCUUCUUCGAGCUGAGCCCUACCCAACGUCCCGCUUUGGCAGCCAGUGCAUGCAACCCAACAACAUCAUGGGCAUCGAGAACAUUUGUGAACUGGCAGCUCGGAUGCUCUUCAGCGCAGUGGAGUGGGCCAGGAAUAUUCCCUUCUUCCCAGACCUCCAGAUCACAGAUCAGGUGGCCCUGCUCCGGCUGACCUGGAGCGAGUUGUUUGUGCUCAAUGCUGCCCAGUGCUCCAUGCCCCUUCACGUUGCCCCGCUCCUGGCAGCGGCGGGCCUUCAUGCCUCGCCAAUGUCUGCUGAUCGAGUGGUUGCCUUUAUGGACCACAUACGAAUCUUCCAGGAGCAAGUGGAAAAACUGAAGGCAUUACACGUUGAUUCAGCAGAAUACAGCUGUUUAAAGGCCAUAGUCCUCUUCACCUCAGAUGCCUGUGGUCUCUCUGAUGUAGCCCAUGUGGAAAGCCUGCAGGAAAAGUCACAGUGUGCUUUGGAAGAGUAUGUUAGGAGCCAGUACCCCAACCAGCCAACACGAUUUGGAAAGCUCUUGCUUCGCCUUCCUUCCCUUCGCACUGUCUCCUCUUCUGUCAUAGAGCAAUUGUUUUUCGUCCGUUUGGUAGGUAAAACCCCCAUAGAAACCCUAAUCAGGGAUAUGUUACUAUCUGGCAGCAGUUUUAACUGGCCUUAUAUGGCAAUUCAAUAAAAAAAAAAAAAAAAAAAAAA